CGGCCUACGCAGCAUUCUCCGAGUUCCGCGAGACCAUAGGCGUCCAAUCGAGAGUGCUCGAGAACGCUCUCGCGCAACCUCGAGCACAGUCCAAGACCGGUCGAGCGGCGGUGCUGACUAGCGUACUCCGUGGUCGGCGUUCCUACGAUGCUCCUGGUCACCCGGCGACGCGAUGUGCUUUUCGUGCUGUGCUGCUACUUCGUGCAGAAGCCUCGCGGAAAGAGAAGUCAGCAGGCUCUCAGACGAUGGCCAUGUACGGGCAAACGGGAAUGCACGGAACUGAAUUGUUGCUCAUAUGUCGGACUACGCCCGAGAUAGCAUUCAGUCCUUACGUAGACAUCCUCCUGUCAUGACCUCAAGGCACAACUUGGCUACUCGAUCGGCGGGUCAAUCCGUCGUUAUGUCCAAGGCUCAGUUAACCGCAUACCCGGGAAGGUUGUAAGCUGCGUAUCAUGCGGUCCGAGCUCAGGUCAAAACAUGCAUAUGCAACUGUAAGUUCUCUCUGAUCGGUCUAAGACGACGUGGUACGAUAUCGAUUUCAUGUCGGGAUGAUCUAACGCAAGAAGUUCUUCCUGUUCAUCGUCGUACACGCUGUGUGGAGUAGAAGAUUCCUUCGCGUUGGUUUGCACCCUUGUUGUCAGAGGGAAAGGUGCCGCGGCACACAAGCGGCUGUCAGUUACCUGAAGGAUCACGCACGGUCAGGAGCUGUAGGGCCGGAAUGAGUUAAACACCCUAUAUAUCACGGGCAGAUGCAAGGACAAGGGCCCACAACACAGUCGCUGACUUUGCACACCUCUCCAUACAUCUAAACGUCCGGCGUAUCGCCCACUCGCUGACAAUGCCGCGCUCUUCGAGUUCCGCUAACAACCCGGGAGCUGCCCAACAAACAAAAUUCCGCGCUAUUCCAAGACGGAGCUAUAGUGAAAGGAUGUCAGAAACACGCGCUGAAAUUCGUCGGAUCGUAAAAGAAGCUCUCCGUGCUAUUACCCAGGAUCCCAACGCGUCGAUGCGUUGGCCGAGCUAUUGGAAGGAUAUUGUGAUCAAAUAUCAUGUUAUCAUCGAGGGUUGGCCGCACGAGGAGGUGCCCUUUCGCAACCUUAGCGAUGUGUCCAACCUGCAGAAGCUCGAAAUUCUUCUUCGGGGAUGGCAGAGCGGAGAGAUUUUUUUCAGACAGCUCUCGGAAGAGGAAUUCGAGGUGCUGAGUGCGGCCAGGGAAGCCGCCGCACAAACGAAUGUACAGGGUGCUGAGACCGCCCAUGCUGACGCAAUUGAUUGGGCAUGACAGACACGGUAGGCUCACACAAGAACCGUUGUAUGACUGGGACAUGACGAUAACGUUCUAUUGAACACUGUAUCGGUUUCCUUCUUGGUAAUAAUGGCACUCUCAUCGAGCCCCC